ACCAAAUGAAUGUGUACAGAAAUACUAAAGCAAUAAGCGAUGAAUGAAUGUAGUGACAAACUACUUUCAUCCACAAAUGAACAUCACAACAAUAAACGUACUUUAGGUUUGCAGUUGGGCAUCGGUGGCGAUAGUAAUUCAGAUGACCAAACCCCAACUCCGACAAGAUUCAUACGGAAUUGUGAAGAAGUAGGUUUAUUUCAAGAUUUACAAGACGUUAACCCUUUUGAGGAAACCUUCAGGAAGGCAGCAACAGAUUUAGCAACACACGGCUCUUUACAUUUGCCACCUGUGGCUUCGAAAGAUGAAAGUUUACAUACCCCACAUAUUUUUCCACACAUUCCCCAGGAAGGGGUAAAGUACUCCAACAGCGAUGACGAAUUCUCACUCAAUGAUGAUAUACUCGUGAUAGAUGAAAGUGAGAUUCAUCAAAGUACCACUACGCAAAGUAUUGUUCCACAGGUCACUAACAGUACAAAUGAAACUGUACGUGUACCUGGACAAGUUGAGGGUGCUGCCAAGAAGGUAGUAGGGAAGAAGCGUGUGGUCCAUUUGCAGAAGCAAAGAGAGCUAAAUCGUGCUGCUCAAGUACGUAGUCGUGCUAAAAAGAAAGUGAUGUUUCACACAUUAGUUGAAGAAGUUUCGUUAUUAAAAUCACAGACAAAAGAGCUGGCAAAAGAGAAUGAAAGACUAAGAAGGGAAGUGGUUUGGCUCAAAACUAUGCUGAUGUACCAUAAAGAUUGUCCGGUAGCGAAGGACCCACGAAUAAUGGAAGAAGUGGAAAAACUGAGAAGAAAAAAGGCUCAACACUCUGUCCCCACCGUGUUAGUUCCUGUUCAAUCGAAUCAGUCAUCACAACUUACACAAUUAGUCGCGCUUCAACCUAUUACUGCUGGAGUAUUGCUUAAAAUUCCGAACGCACCCAAGCCUAUCAUACCAAAAUUAGCUCCUCUUCGACCUAAGGGAGCUCAUUGUACAGUAGCCUCAGGAGUUUCCAAUGGUACGUUAAAUGGGAUAAAAGCGGAAAAAAUGUAUUAAGUUUAAAUAAAAAAAACAUUCUCUA